GUGCGCGGACCUGAAGGGCUGGGUCGCGAGCGCCCCUCUUAAUCGAGCCCUUACCCGUGUAAAUGGAAAGACGGGCGAAUGCGGUGGAGUGAGGCUCACUUGACAGCUUUGGCAGGUUUGGACUCUUUCCAGGCUGCUGUAUUAGGGAGAUCUGAGAUGUGUUGUUAAUAUUACUCAGGGGUCCGUUUUUUCUUAAAGAGCAGCGAAGAACCAUACGAGUGGGUCUCUUCUGCAUUGAGGUUUCAUGGACAAAUAAAAUGAUAGAUCAGAUGGACAGAGAGAUGACAGAAAGAAAGAUUCUGGGAAAAUAUGGCUCAGACUGAAGUACUUUCUAACAGGACCCUGCUGAAUUUGAUGGGUCAGGAAGCUGGAAAACCCACAUGGCCAAAACCAGCAGGAGGCUAUCAAACUAUUACAGGGAGAAGAUAUGGAAGAAGACAUGCCUAUGUCAGUUUUAGACCUUCACUGAUGAAUCAAGAAAGAUACUCAAACCAACACAGUGAAGAAUGUGAAGGAUUAGAACUAGACAAUGUUCCGAAAGAAAACUUAUUGUGUUCCAGUCCACGGGUCCAAGUAUGUUCUCCAUUGGCAGAUGCGUCAUUAUUACCAAAUGUUGGAUUAGAAGAACCUCUUUGUGAAGCGGAAUCUAGCCAAGCAAUCAACACAGAUACUUCUAUAUUUUCUCCAUCAUGCUACAAUUUAUGUGAUAGCCAAAUCCUUGCCAACAAUGAGAGUUCUAAUGGCAGUGUGGAGUCUGGUUCUGAAGAGCACAAUAAUCUUCAUGGCCAGAGUGGAAUUGCCUUUGUAAAUAUUGACUCUUAUGAACCAGACAGCAGUGAUGGAGAGGAAGAUGGUUACCAGAAUGUUGUAUCAUUAGCUAAAGAAGAAACAGAACUAUUUCAAGAAACACUGGACAAUAUGCUUUCCAAGUUAGAAAAAGAUAUGGACUCCUUCAGUGAUCUGCAGUCACAUCUGCCUAGUUUCAGUCAUAAUACCAUAAGUAAAAGUUUUGAAGAUCUUAGACUAGUGCCUUUCAGAAGACUUUCUAGCAUAGAAUCAGAUACUGUUCACCAAAAUAAGUCACUUUUGAAAACAUCUAAUGAAGAACCUUUAGCAAAAAAUAACCUUGUUUCUUCUUAUGAAUUGGAACAGCAAAUCAGCAGUAUAGCUGAACCUACAGUUAGGACACAUGUAGGAAUUUGUGAUGCACUGAGUACUACAAGCAUGAAAGUGGACCAAGAGAACUCAGCUGAGUUGGUAGUACGACCCAAAGUUAGAAAACAGAAUCCUAUUAGCCAGAUUGAUAAAAAACCGUCUGUAAUGAAUGAAGAGGAAGAAAAGAGAAGUACUAAAAUGUGGAAUGAGAAUGUGGAUGUCCAGGAAUGCAGUGCUGAAGUUAUCACAAAGCACAGUAAAGAAAAAAAAUCUAAUACGGUUUUUGAUCCCAAAGAGUAUGAAUUGGCUCAAAAGAAAGUAAAAAAUGAACCAAGGAAGCAAAAUACAACUCUUCAAGACAAAAGCAAAAUAGAUGAUAGUGCUUUUUGGGAAGAAUUUGAAGACUGUGGUAGAAAUUUGUCUAGUUCCAACAAAGAUGAAGAUGACAGCUCAGAAUGCAGUGAUGGUGAAUGGUCUGCAUCCCUGCCCUCUUAUUUUUCUGUGACUGUGAAAGAUCAGUCCUCCAGUGAUGAGAGCUGGGAGACUCUUCCAGGCAAAGAGGAACAGGAACCUGAAGAGCAGAGUGAUAGCAGUGGUGUGGAAGAGGAACAUAAUGAGUUUGGUUUCCAAGCACGGGAACAGACCUCUCUAGAGGAUGGAGAAAUUCCGUGGUUGCAGUAUCAUGAAGAAAUUGAAAGUAGCAGUGAUGAAGAAAAUGACCAAGCUAGCCAUUUUGUACAUCCUGGCUUUUUUAUGUUGGAUGGGAACAACAACCUAGAAGAUGAUUCCAGUAUGAGUGAAGACCUAGAUGUGGAAUGGAGGCUGCUUGACGAAUUUGGGGAUGGUCUUGGUGUUGCUCAAGCAAUUUCAUAUGUGGAUCCCCAGUUCCUUACUUAUAUGGCCUUGGAAGAAAGAUUGGCACAGGCCAUGGAGACUGCUCUGGCACAUCUAGAAUCUCUUGCAAUUGAUGUUGAGCAGGCUCAUCCACCAGCUAGUAAAGAGAGCAUAGAAUGUCUGCCACAAAUUAUUAUUACAGAAGAACACAAUGCUGUAGGUCAAGAGCAGUGUUGUGCUAUUUGCUGUAGUGAGUACAUCAAAGAAGAAAUUGUAACAGAGCUUCCAUGUCACCACUUCUUUCAUGUGACAUGCAUAACGCUUUGGUUACAAAAGUCUGGAACAUGUCCUGUAUGCCGCCAUGUGCUUGCUCUUGGGCUUCCAGAGACAGCCUCUCCCAUGUUCACCUUCUUCCCCGAUCAGGAUUCUACUGCUUCAGUCCAGAGUGCCUCAGGAACACAAUAAAGGAAUACCUGAAAAAGAACUUAGCCAUCACAUUGUACUGUAAAGUUCUUCUGUUUAAUGAUGACAUGGAAUUGGUUUUGUGUGUGUGCACAUGUGUACGUGGCAUAUACACAGACACAAAAACAUGUAGAAAUUCAUACACACACAUGUUCUGCAAGGGAAUGUAUGAGCUUACAAAAUGGUUUAGAGUUAGAAUAACAGACUGAAAAACAAAAAGGUUGCACUAGUUUUCUGCAGUAAACAUAUUGCUCUUAACUAAUGUCUAAUAGUAAUAUUCAGUUUGUCUUGAAAAAUGAUCAUUAAUGUGGCACAUAUUCAAAGUAAUACAGCUGCAGUGCAGUUGGAGCUUACACAAGUUAUGCAUAUGAUAUGUUUUACAUAAUAUAAUAUUAGAGCCUUGGAUUAUUUCUUUUAAAAUAGUGCCACUUAAUUACUUUGUAUUUAACUCUUUCAUAUUUGCAUCAAAUGUGAAGAUGUUCUGUGAUAACAGCAGUAGUAUACUUUGGUUUCACUGGAAAAUAAACCGCAUAAUCAAAGAAUUACCCUGUGAUUUCAUCAUGACCUAUGUGUGCAUGAGAGUUUCUGUGACUAGUACAAGAUAGACUUAAUUUGGAUUAUUUUAUACAGUUCAAAAUCUGUACUUUCAAGUUCCUGUUAUAAGAAUUGAGGGAACAGCAGCUGAAUUAUAGAAGGCUUAUAGAGCUAAGUAGCUUGAUUCAAGAAGAAUCAGCAAGACACAAUGGAGUGUCAGGAGCUGAAAUCAGGAUGGGCACAUUUUCAUAAGAACUGUGCAAGUAUUACAAAGAUGUAAUACUCCAUGUAAUAUUGAUACACAGUGGAAAUCAGGUGACCUGUUAUUAGGGCACCAAAAUUGCCUCACAGUGCAGUUUCUCAAUACAGUAUAUUAGUUUCCAAAUGUUUCUGCCGCCUUUAUACUACAGUUUUGUUUUGAGUGAAACUGCAAUGCACUUCAGUAAACUACUUGGACAAAGCCCUAUCCACUCACUAACUCCAUUCGGUUUUAUGUAUUACAGAAAGAUUAAUCAAAGCGGAAGAUUCUGAGUGUUAGAAAAUGGUUUCUUACGAUUAAAAGAAGAGAUAGCAUUUAAUGUGUAUAGGUUAUUUUAUUGUACGGUGCCGUCAGAUAUGCUUUCAGUGGUCCUACCCAGGUCUUCUUCAAUUUAUCAUAUUAGCUAGAUUGAGCCUUUAUAGAGAAAGAAUCUAUUAAUCGCUACUUUUUUUUUCUUAACUAUUGUUAGAAUCUAUUCUCCAUUUUGUUCAGGAAGAAUACAUUUUGCAAUAAAGCUUAGCACAGUAAGGGGUUGUGGGGGUGGAAGUUGGUAAGGUAAUAAUCCAGUGUUUUACCCACAAGGCCAUCAGCUUACAAUUUCUAGAGCAGAGGAGAGAAAAACAGCUGGGCUGUUUCAAAGUGGAGUAGACUAAUUAUUACUAAGACUUCCAGAGUAUUAAUUCACUCCCACUCCUGCAAACUUCUGCAUUUCUGAAGACACAACCUUACCAUUUUUUCAGGACUAAAGGAAAAGGAAAUUAUGUUCUCAGUUGCCUAGUUACGAGAUAUUUUUAUUCCUCUUUUCUAAAAGACCAGGUAAAAAUGUAUAAGCUCUUUGGUGUGAGAAGCAAACUUUAGCAUACUGGAAAUUAAGAUGAGUUCCCUUUUUAACCACAGAGGACUAGGUUCCCCUGGCUUCUUGGUGACAUAAAUAUAUCUAUCAUGAGAAAAAUUGGGCAUUUUCUCUUCUCAGCAAUAUAAAAGAUGCUUCUUUAAAGUUAAAAUCUUAGCCCAGCUAAAAAUUGUUCUUAAAUCAAGGCUCUUGCUUAGAAAUUCAUAGACUUCCUGAAUAAACAUGCAUUCUACAAUUAAAAUAUAUUGCAACUAAGUGACUUUUUGUACAACUAUGUAAUUUGGGGGCAUAAUCAAAAUAUAUGAAUAUACAGCUCAGAUAUCUUCUGUAGCUGCAUAGAGUUACAUGCUGCUGAUUCCUUUCUACCCUCAUAAAGAUACUAAGUGAGCUCAUUUAGUUGAAGAUCAUUGCUUCAACUUCAUACACAUUCCAGUGUUGAAGCAAGGACCUUUAAACAGUAUGAUGGCACUGGUCAGUAAAGUUAUAACUACUUAUAAUCUGAGGAGUAAGCAUAUAGCAGUUACCAAGUUACAAUGUUUCUUUCAAAUUAAGGACAUCUGCAAAAGAGAAACAAAAACAGCUUUUCUUUGAACUUCAUAGGAAAUAGUGGUGAAAUAAAAGAUUGAUCCUAUCACCUAUAUGAGCUAUUAGUCCAUGAGUCUCAUAGAAAACUCAGAAUACACAAGUUAAUGUGUCAUUUAUAAAGUCAAUUAUCCACGAUGCAUUUUGGCUUCUCUUAUAUAGAUUAAAAAAUAAUGCACAGCAUCUGAACAGCCAUUCAACCAGUACCGUAUCUAUAGAAAUAGAACUAAGGUAAUGACUGCCAUGAACAUACAGCAACACAUUUUAUGCUCCUGUCCUGCCAUACACAUAGAAAAAAAAUUACAUAUAUGCAAGGCAAAGUGUAGUCAAUAGAGUCAAUAGUGUUGGAAGUGAAAAAGCAGUGUUAGUAGCCAUAAAUUUUAGGGCUUCCUCUUGUCUGUCAGGAGAUUCUUCUCAACAAAUGUAGCCUACUGCAAAUGGCAGCCCAACAUAGCCACAUCCAACUGGAAAGUACAUGGAGAAGAAAAGUUUGUCAUUUUUUCCAUUGAUAGAAAAAAGGUCCUGUACAACCAAGAUUUCAGCACUUUGAAUUGGGAUGCUGAAAGCUCUGUUAGGGAAAAUAAGACAACUACUAGAUGACUGGUGCUCAGGCGAAUAGCUUUUAGCAGUCAAAUAAUGAGCCCACCAAUCUGAGAGCUGAUUCAGACCAAUAGGAACUAUUCAGUAUUUCCAAAUAUAAAUUAUUUGGGGUUGUGCAUUUCUAGUACUAGAUUAGGUUUUUCAUUGAUUGACCCAAUGCCACCAUCAGUUUUAUUUCCUAUAAAACAUUUUCUUGUCCAUUUUUGGACUUUUGGAUGAUGUCUGCAUAAACUUACAACAUGUCGCCUUUCAUAAAUACUGAACUAAGUUCCAAAUCCUAGAGGGGACCUACAGGCAGCAUUUUUCUGCACAGUAAUCCUUUUGCAUGCUGCUUCAACAGCCAGUAAGCUGCCUUUCCUCUGUUCUCUCUCAAACCAUCACCAUUGGCUCCCAUUUCAUCAGAAAUCAAGUUUCUCUUGGCCUGUGAAACUGGUAUUCACAGCUCUGAUAUUUCAGUAGAGUGUCUUCAUCCAUAUUUGAAUAUGAGAGGUUCCCUUCUUUCAGCCUUUUCUGUCUUUAGGAUUAGAAAUGUUAAAUAGAACAAGCAAGGGCAGCCUGAGGCCAUACUAUCCCUGGUACCCACAGUGGGUAGAGUUGAACAUUUUGGCUGUGUUUCUAUUGGUAUCAGAGUUAAACUCACCUUUCCUCUACAAGGUUAAAGUGCCAUGCAUAGCAUUCCCCAGCCCUGUGAAAUAUGUUAGGCUAAGGGAGAAUGAUUGGCCCAAGGUCACCUACUGGGCCUCCAUAGCUGAAGUUGCACUUGAGUAGUUCAACUUAACCAGGAUGCCACAUGAGUUUUACUGGUUGAACAGGUGCCUCAGACUUUGCAGAGGCUAAAGACCCAAGGGAGGCUAUUUUAAACCAUAGCCUCCCUCAAACUAAGCAUAACAGAUAACCGCUGAGCACAACGGAUGUCAUAAGCUUCUGCAAGGCUUAAGCUACCAAUUUCACCCUUUAAACCCUGCCCACCCCCACCCAUCCAUUCUAGUUAUAUCACAUCACCAGUUACAUCCCCUGUAAUCUCUUGGAAGGAUACAAGCAAUUCCUUCCCUGACUGAAAAAAAAUGUUAGCAUGUAAACUAAACCAUUUUCUCUCUGUAAAAGUGAACAAUUGCUUCUCCAUGCUUUCUGGUUGUAUGUAAAAAAUAAAUUGUUACUCUGUUUGAAUAUUAA